CCGGCGCCCGCAGCUGCCGCCGGAGGGCUCUUCGGGGCCGCCGCGGCGCCCGCGCCGGCCGCCGCCGCGCCGACGCUGUCGUUCGGCGCACCGGCACCCGCGCCCGCCGCCGCGCUGUCAUUCGGUGCCGCCGCACCAGCCCCUGCCACAACAGCACCCACACUCUCCUUCGGCGCCGCCGCGCCGCAACAGCAACAGCAACCGCUCGCCGCCGUGCCGGCGCCGCCCGCCGACGUGCGCAACAAGUCGGUAGAGGAGAUCGUCCAGGGCUGGAAGGCGAGUUUGGAGGCCGACGUGGCGGAGUUCACGAAGCAGACGGAGCAGCUACGGGAGUGGGAGAACGAGAUCCGGGCGUCGCAGCGGGAAAUCGUCGAGGUGUCGGCGUACGCGGAGAAGCUGGUGGUCGCGCAGCAGCGCACGGAGAAAGUGCUGGACGAGGUGCGGGCCUACCAGGACGACCUGGACGGGGAUUUAGAUGCGAUGGAGCGCCACGUCGACGACCUGUUCGCGAGAAGUGCCGUGCGGCCGCCGCUCGACGCCGACGUCGAGCGGGAGCACGCUUAUGAUUUGAGCGUGCGCCUCGAGACGCAGCUCGGGGGCAUGCUCGACCAGCUCAAGGACGUCGUGACGAAGUUGAACCUGUCGCACGACGAGAAUGGCGACGAGAAAUCCAGAGAUAUUAUGAAGAUCGUGAACGCGCAUCACCAGUCCCUCGCCUACCUCUCGGCCCAGGCGUCGAAGAUCGAGGCCGAGGUCGUCAAGCUCGAGCGCGCGAACGAGGCCGAGCGGCGCGCGCAGGCGGUCUAG